GUUUAGAACUUACCUGGAAACAAGAAACAGUCAAAAUGUAAGGCCAAAGAUUUUGCCCACUGGAACGUUGUCCAGAGAGAAAGACGGGAUCUGUCGUUAUUUAGUGAAUUUGAAGAUGGGCGUCAAGAUCAGCAAGAUUUUAAGAAGAAGAAAGGGUGAUUUUCAGGAAUCAAAGAAAGAUUUUCGAAGGAACGUAGUUGAGGAUAUCGACACACGAAAUAAAAUAUUGAAAAUCGACCCAGUCAGUAAUUUGAACAGAAGAGGCAAUCUAGAGCUUUUUGAAAAUAUCCCCGAGUUUUUGAAGCAAUAUGUGAAUAAAACCAUUCGUAUUGAAAUCUACAGAUUCAAACGACUUGAUAAAGAUUGCAGUAAAUGGCCAAAAUUUGAGAGAUCGUGUGAUACACUUAGGUGCUUAUAUUUAGACAUUGAACAUUUUAAACCAUUGAUUAUUCUCAAAGAUGGCGUGAGAACUAUGGUUUCUAAGGAGAUGGUAGGGUUUUCCUUGUAUGAGCAUCAUGGAACUAGGAAAGCAAGACAACACAUUAAGCUUGUAAAGAUGGAACCAGUUGACGUCGUCUGUCAUAAAGAUGUAAACGCAAUUCUUCUCAUAGGUGGUUCCUUUUAUUUCCAUUUGGGGCCUCGCAAGGAUGAUACAACGUCUCAACAGAACUCAGUUCGUAGAAGCACACCCUGUAGCAAGAUGACAGGGACAUAUACCCGGAUGGUGGAGGAAAAUCAUGACGUCAGAGUAUGGUGGACACUUGACGUGUAUCCGGCUAGUCGCAGACGAGUGGAUAAAGCUACCAAGAGACUUGAACAAUACAGGAUUGCAAUGCCAGCUACUGUGAUGACAUCAUUGGAUGAUGAUUGCAAAGUAAUCGCACUUGAGAGAUCGAAAUGUACAAAACUUUGUUUUACAGUGGUUCCUCAUGAUCACCAUAUUGGCUUGCUUUGAAAGUCGACAUCGAAACGGAUGGAUCUACAAUAUCACUGGUUAGUAUCAAGCGAAGGUAACGGUCGUUACCUUCGCAUUUAAGAUGGCGGUUGGUAAAUGUCGAUAUCGAUACUUUGAAGUUUCCACU